AACAACUUGCUUUUCUUUUUCGUUGGCACUCUCGUUCUAGUCGUACUUCGAACGCGAUUUCUUUCCCAGCUCCCAAGACGUAAUCCGUUUCCGAUCGACGUCUCCCGCGAUGGCCGGCGCGGAUUAUUCGCCCGCCGUCUGCAAGGCUGUCGACGAAAGCGCCAGUCGGCUUCGCCAGCUGAGCAUGGACCUCUGGAACAAUCCGGAGUUGGCAUUCAAGGAGGUCAAGUCUCACGACCUGCUGACUUGGUUUCUUGAGGAACGAGGACUCAAGGUUCAAAGGAAGUACCUCCUGGACACGGCGUUUAGAGCCGAGGCUGUCGCCCCUGGAAAAAACGAUGGUCCCACGGUGUGCCUGAUGGCCGAGUACGACGCCCUUCCAGAAAUCGGCCAUGGCUGCGGCCACAACCUGAUCGCCGAGGCAUCCAUGGGUGCUGCUGUGGGUGUCACGGAAGCCAUGAAGAACUUCAACACCAUCGGCGGCAAGUUGGUCGUCCUGGGAACACCAGCCGAAGAGAGCGCAGGGGGGAAGGUACUACUGCUCGAAAAGGGAGCCUUCAAGGACAUCGACGUGGCCCUCAUGGCACAUCCGGGUCUUCAGGACGGGCUCAAGAUGCACGUCAACGCACGGCGCCAACUCAACGUCCGGUACGAGGGCAAGGCGGCACAUGGUUCAGACUCGCCUUGGGAAGGUUUGAACGCCCAGGACGCUGCGGUCGCAGCCUACAUCAACAUGUCCAUGUUGCGGCAGCAUACCAAGCCAGCCGAUAGGAUACUUGGCGUCGUGAAGCAGUUUGGCGAACGAGCAAACGACAUCUCCGAGUCCAGCAAGCUGGUCUACCACGUCCGGGCACCCAAAGACACCGAGAAGGACGCGCUCGUCGCGCGAGCAGAGAAGUGCUUCCAGGCGGCCGCACGGGCCACGGGUUGUGGAUUCGACAUCGACAAGGGCAUGGAGUACAAGGAGCUCAUCCACAACGAAGUCCUUAUCGAGACCUACAGGAAGUACGGUGAGGCUCUUGGUGUGUCGUUCGCGGACGCUUUGCCGGGCGUCACCAUCCGCACCGGCGGGUCUACGGACGCGGGAAACGUUUCGUACGUGCUUCCCACGCUGCACGCAAGCUUCGGCAUCGGCGGCGGCGGCUCUGCCGUGCACCACACGAGGGCGUUCGCCAAGGCAGCGGCGACCGACGACGCCCACCAGGCAGCGCUACGCGUCGCCAAGAUCCUCGCACUCACCGCGCUCGACCUGAUGUCCGACCCCGAACUCAUGGCGCGCGCCCGGAGCGACUUCGAGACUUGGAAGGUCGCCCGCGGUGCGCCGUGCAAGUGA